AUGAAACUAUCAUCUGCCCUCAUUAUCGGAUUUCUUCCUCUGGCUCUAGCCAAGUCGAUUCUGGUCACUUACCCUCAGGACACCCCGGACUCGGUCAUCAAGGACGCGCAGAAAUCCAUCGUGCAAGGCGGUGGUAGAAUCACUCAUGAGUACCAAUUCAUCAAGGGAUUCUCUGCGGAGGCUCCAGACGCUGCCAUUCAGAGUCUUUCCACACAGUCCACCAAAUAUAAACCAAAUAUCGAAGGAGAUCAGGUGGUCUCGAUCUCCGAUGAUAAAGAUUGCAACGGCAAUUAA